ACCCUGACUGACCAAUCAUCUGAAGACUGAAGAAGCAGUUGAUUCAUUAAGCCAAAUCAGGUGUGCAGCUCUUCGUGGACCUCUUUAAGGUGUCAGAGCCGAGAUCUCCAAAUGGUCAAAGUCAUUCCUCUCACACUUGGAAUGCUCCCGUCCGGGGUUAAAAUAAAAGAGGGUUUUGAAGAUGUUGGAUCUCUGGCUGUGGAUGUUUUCACAUCAGGUGACAGGGACGGCCUUCAAAGAACUCUAAUCCUUCUUGUGACGUGCAGCUUCUUCAGUCUGCUGCUCAGCUGCCUCCUCCUCCUCUACCUCUUCUUCACCCUGAACUACGGUGUAGCAGUAGCUGCAGGUAUCUCCGGCUGCUUUGGGACGACACUUACUGUCAUCCUCUUCCUAUCAAAGAGAGUGAGAUGUGUGGGAAUUCUGUUUGUCAUCUCCAUCUUCAUGAAGAAGAGUCGGAGUUUGCUGCUUACUGCAGGGACCAGUUUGGUUGUGAUGAAAAAUAUCAGAAACACCCUGGAGAACCUGAGUGGACUUCUCAGGAGUAUGGUUUGUAACCUGAAGGAGAAGAAAUCAGCCAUCGCUGGACCGUUCAGGAACUACGUGCAGGUCUUGAAGUGGAUUGGAAGCAUGCUCAAGGGGAUUACAGACCUGGGGGUGGUGAACGUUGAUUCCCAGCUGAAGGUCUCAGCCAGACUGGAAUCAGAAACGUUUGAGGAGAAGCUCAGGGAAACAGAUCGGAUGUUGAACGAGACGGUGACAUAUGUGCAGACGCUGGUGAGGACAGUGUCCUCUGUGAUGGACAGGAUGUUUCCCGCCAUCAGCUUCUUCCUGCUCGUGUUGUUCAUAGCCUUGCAUUUAAAAAAAUACUGCUUUGAUGUGAAAUAUAAAAACAGGUUCAUCAGCGGCAGAUUUGUUCGCUUCGAUGAGAAGCAGAAGGCAGAAGGAAGACCUCACGUCCUCCCUCUGACUCCAGAGGAGAAGGAGCUGUACACCACCAUCACCUCCGUGUGUCCCGCCGCCAGAGAGAAGAAGGCUGUUGUCAAGUUUGGUGUCGCUGUUGUUGCUCAUUUUGUAACCUGGGUCAUUUUUAUCACAGUAGAUGCUCUGCUCUACUGCUUUGUGGACAUUGUCACAACCAAACUGUCAGAGCUGGAACCGUUCCACGUCCCACUGAUAAUGAAGAUCAGUGAAUUUUCUACUUUAAUUGGGAUUCCAUUGAAUGAGAAAAACAAUCAAGAAGACUUUUCCUUCUCUGUGACCUUGUUUGAGAAGAAGUGUCUUCCCAAACCGAAGCUGCUGCUGUACGAAUCCAUAUUCCCACUGGCUGCUAUCCUGGUGGUUCUGCUCUGUAUGACUCUGAUGGCUGGUAAAAUGGUGCAGAUCAGGCUGAUGGUCUGUGAGCAGUUCUACUCCACAGCUGCUGAGGAGAGAGUCCAACACCUGCACGGCAAAAUCCUGCGGAAUAGAUUUAAAAAGAAGAUUAAAGAACGUCACAGGCUGAAGUCAAUAUGUUCAAAGAUACGUUUCUGGUUCCCACUGCUGUUCAGGUCCACAGAUGAUCCACAAAGUACUGUGUGAAGGUUGUACUGACGCUUAACAUUCUUCCUGAAGUCUUUGGAGAUUUUUUUACAUGUAAAAACAUCUAGAAUAAUAAUGAUAAUGUUUUCAUGGCAAGAUAUAUAAAGGAGCUACUUAGAGGAAGUGCUGUGAUGUUUGAAACUUGACAAAUGAAUGCAUCGAAUCAUUAGACUUUAUCUUCAAGGCAAUUAUGUGUCGAUGAGAGAUAAACCUAUGGUAUGAUUUAUUUAUGUAUUUAACAUAUUUCACAUACAUUUUAUUUUUUAUAGUUGUUGUCUUGUAGCACAUUGAACAGUCAAUGAAGCUUUUCAACUCCACGGGUUUUUUAUUUUAUUAAUUUUACAUU